AUGGCUAAUCUGCGAAAUGAAGAGGAAAACAUCUCGUUGACUUCCAUCUCGUCAUCAGCUGCUUCUGUAUCACCACAUGUUAAUGCAGAUGAUCCAGUUGCAUUCAAUCCCAAACUGGAGGGCAACAAUGAUGAAACUGUCAUAUGUAAUGAAUACUAUCCCGAAGGCGAUCAUCGUAAUCAAGCAACAACAAUCAUUACUGAAGAGCCCGAGAGACGAAAGCCGUUAUGGAGAAAAGUCUAUGAUGUAAUAUACCCUGACUAUGUACUACUGCAUCUAAAUUACAAAUCAUUCAAGGUGGUCAGUUCAAGUUGGAUCCAGGUGUUCGCCUCAGUGAUCUUGACGGUUGUGCCAAAAACAAGCAACUGGCUUUCUGGUGCCCCCUAUUUGGUCUUAAUUGUGUCUUUUAUUGGCGUUGCUGGAGGUUCCUCACUCAUUGAGAAUGUAUUACUAUCCCUAGCAAUUUUGAUUGGGGUGAUCAUCUCGUUCGUACACCAUGUUGUUAGAUCAAAGAUUAUCAAUGAUUUACACGGUGGAAUUACUCCGCAAGAAUUGGUGCAAAAUUUGGUCGCCGAAGGAGUCUGCCAAAUGGGACCACAGCUAAAAGAGUGCUUGAAUGAACAGAUAUAUAGUGGCAGGUAUAUCAAAACCAAGGCCGUUGCAGUGACAAUGAUCUCAAUGAUUACAAAUACGUUUAUAUUGGGCAAUAUAAGACAAAUUCACCCAUUAUGGAACUUGUGUUACAUCCUAGGCCAGAUUGGGAAUGUUAUUUUUUCAUGCUAUGGACACUUUAGUCCAUUGUAUCAGCCAUUGGAAAUCGGUUACACUGUUUUACGGCCUGUUGGAUGUGCCCUUCUUUUGAAAAUUGGAGCUGCUUUUUUCGUAUUCCCACUGACGUCCAGUUUCAGGUUCAUAGACGGUACACAAGGUGUAUUAACUCGAUUGAAACAAACAUCUGUCAAGAAUAUGCGUCUUUUCAAAACCAUGAAACCUUCAGCUCCAAACUUUGCCAAUUACAAAGCAUUUAAAAGAGAGAUGACUAAUAUUCGAGAAAAAAUGGCUCCUUUGGAAAUUGUGGCAUCAACUGUUUGGUUAGAAUAUUCCUAUGGCCGAUUUGAUGUUGGUGACGUUGGUCAAUUUAGGUCAUUGGCUAAAAACUUGGUUACUGCAACAGCAAGUUACGCCCAUUUCUUCCAAUUGUUACAAGAGCGCAUGUUUUAUUCCAAAGAUGACUUUUGCAUGCCCAGACGAAGGUCAACAGUGUCUUCGUUAAACCAUGGUCACGCAAAGAUAUUCAGCGCCUUUCAAGAUUCGUAUAGGAAAGUUGGUGAAUACGAAGAUAGGAAACGCGUGAGGACCUUGCGAAAUCGAAUAAUGCAUCAUGGAAAAGGUCACAGAAUCCCUCCUGAUGAAAUAGACCGGAUAGCCAGGUUCCUCACUGAAAGGCUCAGCCCGUUGUUGGAUGUAUCAGACAAUGCACUUGGGGUAAUACUUGAGUGGGUUGCUGCCGCUAAUGACUUUAGGUUUUUUUCUCUAUUGCCAUGGCGUUACAAACAACAAGUGUCAAAGCAAAAGGAAAUGGCAGCAAAGGUCAAGGAAACCAAGAAAGAGAUUUUAGAAGUGCUUGCAAAGUAUGAGGACGUUGAUGCUCUAAAGGAAUUGAUGCUUGAUAGUACCCAAAAUGAGGAGGCGUUAUUGUUCUUGAUUAGUCAGGGUGUGUUGUUUCUUCAGAUUGCUAGGCACCAGUGUGAAAAUAUCGUCAAGUUAUUUGACUUAUUCAUUGACAUUGAUGAGAAGAGACCUACACCUAAAUUCAUCACGUAUUUUACAAAAACCAAGUACUCCAAACCACGACACUUGUCAAGCGAUCUCAAUGAAGAAGUUCCAGACUAUUUGCAUAACGAAAUCCAAAGGAGAAAUGCCGAUAACUUGCCACCAGCAAAUAUUGGACAAUACAUCGGACUCUACAUUACCAGGCUAUUUUACUUUUUGAUAUCGGACAGAUUUUGGUUUUGGAUUCGUGCGGGUGGGCUCAUAUGUAUAGGAGCCAUACCUUAUUUUGUUAGGACAACAGCUAACUGGUAUUACAAUAUAAGAAUGGUUUGGCUUGUUAUUAUGAUUGCUGUUUCCAUUAGUGAGAGUACCGGGCAAACGACAUAUGUGUUUAUAUCAAAACUUUGCUAUACGUUUGCCGGUUGUUUGCUAGGGCUUGUUUGUUGGUACAUUUCAUGUGGAAAAGCAGCAGGUAACUACUACGGUUAUAGCGCUGUUAGUGGUGUCAUUUAUCUAUAUUUGAUAUUUUUCAGGCAUUUUUCCGUGCACCUGACGCUUUUACCUCAAGUGUUGUUUGGUGUGACGACUAUUUUGGUGUUGGGAACUUCCUGGGUAGAUGCUAAUGGAAACAUGGCAGCUAAUGUCGGCUAUGGAUGGGCACCGGCCUACUUGCGUUUUAUUGGAGUUGUCAUUGGUUUAUGUAUCGGUUCAUUGACAGCCGUGCUUCCGACACCCAAAUCUUCCAAGUUCCUCGUGAGACAGAUCUUGGGCUCCUCAUUAUCAGAAAUGGGAAACAUACAUUGUUAUGUUUCCAAAUUUGCCGUGAAAAGACGCAACGAUCCGUCUUACCAUAUUUUGGAGAGGCACGAUCUAUUGUUGGCUAGAUUCAGAUACCAGUUCAUGAGAAUUUCACUGUUGAAUAAACUUCUUGUGCCAUUAAAGUUUGAAAUUCCUAUUUCGGGAUACUGGCCAGAGUCUAAAUACUUACGUCUACAAGGGCUAAUCGGAGAUACAGUGCAAUUGUAUCUAAUGAUGUUAAUCGCUUUAAAUGAGCUUGAGGAUCCUGCAACUUGGGUACCCAUAAUUAUGAAACGUGUGGGCUUCUGCUACUCAGAAUUGGAUGCAGAGCUUUUUUCGCUCAUCCAUAUGGCUUCCGACGCAAUCAAGACAAAAGAUGCUUUGCCGAAAAUCACCGAGGCAAAUAUUUCGCUAAGACACAUGGAGUUGCUACGUCGUCAAUGGGGAAUCAAUAAGAUGUCUUUAAGUGAGCGGUUUUAUAGUACCAAGAUUAACAACGAGAAUGUCAACGCAGGUGAUCACGGUGCCAUAACAUCACAUUUAGACUACCGCAAAUUUUUCAGUCGUGAUGGUCAAUUGAACAUCUUGUCAUUGCUAAUUGCUCAUAUGAUUUAUAAUAGAUUGGACGAGAUCAUGAUAGUUGUCAAGGGUCUAGUGGGUGAGAUGUACGAUUUGGAUGAGAAUAUAUUGGUUGAUGAGGACAGUGAAGAUGAAGAAGAGCUUGAAGCGUUUGAGAGAGGUGGAUAA